CUGUCGUACACGCUUUCGUACCCAAGAAAGGUCAGACGACGACAGCCCCCUGGAAAAGGUCAAAGUCGAACACAACUACGACCCCCUUUGCAGAAAAGCUCCAUUUUUUAGCCUUCUUUGGUUCGCCGGCUUCGACCCAUCUCUUCCCAAUUCCCAUAAGGAAGCGCCCCAAACUUUCUCCUCCUCUUUCGAGUUUCCAACCGCUCCCCAAAACACACCCAAGCUUUAGCAAUUAUACCCAAUUGAGAUGAAGUUUCUUCGCCUCUUGGCUACGGUGGUUUGCUUGGCCCUCGCGCCGCCGCCGUCGGCUUUGGUCUCUGCAUUUUUCCUCCCCAAUAUAUCCUCCAUCCCGCCCUCGCUGCUCCCCAACGUCUCCUCUGCCGCUUGGAACGCCUUUCGGAACUUCUCUGGCUGCCACGCCGGCGAGAGGCGCGACGGCCUCGCCAAACUCAAGAAGUACUUCCGCUACUUCGGCUACAUCCCCGACUCCCCCUCCAACUUCACCGACGACUUCGACGACGCCCUCGAGUCCGCCAUCAAGACCUACCAGCGCAACUUCAACCUCGACCCCACUGGCCAGCUCGACGACGCCACGCUCAAGCAGAUCGUCCGCCCCCGCUGCGGCAACCCCGACAUCGUCAACGGGACGACGGCCAUGAACUCCGGCAAGGAGGCGCUCGUCAAUGCGUCCCACUUCCACGCCGUCCGCCACUACACCUUCUUCCCGGGGACUCCGCGCUGGCCGGACGGCCAGAUCGACCUGACCUACGCGUUCCUGCCGGACAACCAGCUCGCCGACGAGGCGAAGGCCGUGUUCUCGCGCGCCUUCGAGCGGUGGUCGGCGGUGACGCCCCUGACGUUCACGGCCACGGACUCGUUCGCUGCCGCCGACAUCAAGAUCGGGUUCUUCAGCGGGGACCACGGCGACGGGGAGCCGUUCGACGGGGUGCUGGGGACGCUGGCGCACGCUUUCUCGCCGCCGAACGGGAGGUUCCACCUGGACCGGGAUGAGGACUGGGUGGUCACCGGGGACGUGACGGCGUCGUCGGUGUCGACGGCGAUCGAUCUGGAGUCGGUGGCGGUGCACGAGAUCGGCCACCUCCUCGGGCUCGGGCACUCGUCGGUGGCGGGUUCGAUCAUGUACCCGACCAUCACGUCGCGGACGAGGAAGGUGGAGCUCGCGACGGACGACAUUCAGGGGAUUCAGGUGCUCUACGGCAGCAACCCCAACUACAACGGGUCGUCGUCGACGACGUCCCCUUCGCAGGAGAGAGAAUCCAGCGACGGCGGUGCGUCCCGCGCUUCGGGGUCGCGAUGGGCGGCAAGGGCCGUCGUGGCGGUUGGAUUGGGAACUUUGCUCUUUUGACCGUAGGAUGCAGUUGCCCAAGAUUGUGUUUUUAAUCAUUUAAUGCUUCUGCCGAUUAUUGAAUCUGGACCGUAGAUGCAGAAUCGAUGAACGGCUGCGAUGUGUUUAGGUGCAACCCCUUCUUGUCCGACGAGGAUGCUGGGCC